AUGAGAAGGGUAACCAACAGAACGAGGCAAGUGUGCCAUGGCUCAGAAAAACAGUCACAGUCAACAGUGGCUGUAAACGUGUUAUGUGGGUAGAGAGAUGUAUGCGUUUUUGUAGUUUGCGUGUUAUGCGUUUCACGAGAAGAUAGUUAAAGUGAGAUAGUUCGAAAUGAUUCGUUAGUGAUUAUGUUUACUAAUGGAAAAAUAAACAAAAGAGAAGUGGGCUUUGAGCUGUUAGAUAGUUAACGGUCAAUUAGUUACUGUAUAUGUGUGUUAUUUUGUACUAUCGUUUUAUUAUUAUCUAUUGAAUCAAUCAUGGGGGAUGAUAAUUUUGUAUUACUUUCCUUGAAAUAUUGAAGUUUCCCAGAAGUUUGGAAGAGUCGAUGAGAUACAGUAGUUUUUUAACAAUGACUUCUGCAUGUUCGUGGACUUCCGAAGGGCUUCAGCAACAGUAAGACAUUGACUUGGAGCCAUUAAAAUAAUUAAAUAACAGAAAAAAAAAGAAUGACGACACUUUCCAACGUUUCAAAACAUUUCAAAAAAUGUAGACGGAGAGAUGAAAACGAACAGAAGGCAGGCACGACAUAAUUCACCAGCCGACCCAAUGGGUGCCAACAUGGGCAAGAACUCGUCCCUUCUGGAUGCCCUUCCAUCAGGUCAAGGCACUCUCCACGUGGUGAUGCUGGGUUUGGAUUCAGCAGGCAAAACUACCGCCCUCUAUCGACUUAAAUUCGACCAGUACCUGAACACAGUACCGACCAUCGGCUUCAACUGCGAAAAGGUCAAAGGAAUGACCGGCAGGGCAAAAGGGGUAAACUUUCUCGUUUGGGACGUGGGGGGACAGGAAAAACUGCGACCUCUCUGGAAGUCGUAUACAAGAUGUACUGACGGGAUAGUGUUUGUGUUGGAUAGUGUUGAUGUGGAACGGAUGGAAGAGGCCAAAAUGGAACUCAUUCGAACUGUGAAAUCGCCAGAAAACGUGUGUGUACCAAUUCUAGUGUUGGCUAAUAAACAAGACCUUCCCGGUGCGAAAGAACCACGGGAAUUGGAAAAGUUAAUGGGCCUAACCGAAUUGGCCGGUUCGAGUACUCCCGGAGGACACCUGUGGCAUGUACAACCCGCCUGUGCGAUCACCGGAGAAGGACUGCAAGAAGGUAUAGAAGCGCUCUACGAAAUGAUUUUAAAGAGGAGAAAGCUGACGAAGAUGAACAAAAAGAAAAGUAGAUAAGCUAAUUUCUCUAAGCAAUUAAGGUACCUAUUGAAUCUGAAUUUAAUUUUAAAUUUAGCAGGUUCGCAAAGAAAAAAAAAGGAUAAAAGAGAUGUGUCCUUCGAAAUGAACCGUCUGAGAUUGUUACAGAAAUGAAUGGAGGGUGUCCAGUAGUACGUUAUUCAAUUCCAUAGUUGGUUUUUAUGCCAGGAGGCAGAAGUUGACCAAUGUUGAUUUGGCUAAUUGGUUAAUUAUUAAUCAAUUUUCAUAAUUAAGAAGUUCGAUUCUCGAUAAAUUUUAGGAUGCUUAAGAGAAUAUGAACGCAUUUUUCUUAUAGCACUUGAAAUAAAAAAGUUGUGAUUAAAUUUAGAAAAUACUACAAAUGGCGCAGUAAACGCCAUCUGUAGCACG